AUGUAUAUCCUUCAAGCCCUUAUACUGUCUCUGACAGUAGCGAUAGCUGGUGCUUCUUCCAUCCCUGGUCCCUUGAGGCUAGCAUCCACAUUUUCUCGAAUUUCCAGCGAGCUCGACAAUAUCAUCUUGGGAAACUGUUCUCUCUCAAAUGCAACCCUUCCACUUGAUAAAACAGCAGUCAAGCUUCCUGAACCGUCGUCGAGCCUGACUCUCAAAUACAUUGCCCUCGGCCGAGGAACUCAAAACUACACCUGUGAAAACUCUACAUCAUCCGCAGUACCCGUAUCUGUUGGCGCAGCGGCCACACUAUUUGACGCUUCUUGCAUUGCAUCGAAAUCUUUGACUUUGUUGCAUGAAACGCCUGCUGUCUUCGGUGAGGCACCAGUUGCAUCGCUCGCUUUCCUAGCAGAGCUCUUGGGUCAUACCACAAAUUCUUCCGAUUUAAUCCUUGGGGAGCAUUACUUCGAUGCUGCAGGGUAUCCUGUGCUUGACUUGAGGCUAAGUGGCUCUGAGGACUGGGUGGUCGCCACGAAGAAUGCAUCUGUGAAUGCAACCCAGAUCAGCAAUUCGACUAAUCAGAACGUUGCUUGGUUGGAACUUGACCGCAAGUCUGGAGAUAAUUGUGGAAGUGGAGUUCAUAAAGUAUACCGAGUUGAGACCUACCAGGGAUCUGCCCCAUCAACUUGCGCCGGAUUGAACCUCACGGUCGAGGUACAAUAUGCAGCGGAAUACUGGUUUUAUGGGUAA